GGUGGGGCGCGGGCACGUGCGGCCAUGGGGCUGACCAAGCAGUACCUGCGCUACGCGCCCGCCGCGCUCUUCGGGCUGGUGGGCAGCGCCAAGGGCAACGCCGCCUUCGUGACGCUGCGAGGCGAGCGGGGCCGCUACGUGGCCGUGCCGGCCUGCGAGCACGUCUUCGUGUGGGACGUGCGGAAAGGAGAGAAGGUUCUUAUCCUUAAGGGUUCCAAGUAUGAGGUCAGUUUCCUCCGCCCCUCUCCUGAUGGGUUGCACUUGGCUGUUGGCUAUGAAGAUGGCUCAAUCCGUAUCUUCAGCCUCCUGAGUGGGGAAGCAAGCGUUGCUUUCAACGGACACAAGGCUGCGGUCACAGCGCUACAGUAUGACCAGCUGGGGGGCCGGCUGGUGUCCGGCUCAAAGGAUACAGAUGUCAUUGUGUGGGAUGUCAUCAAUGAGAGUGGUUUGUACCGGCUGAAGGGACACAAGGAUGCUGUCACUCAAGUCCUUUUCUUGAAAGAGAAGAACCUGCUGGUCACCAGUGGCAAAGACACAUUGGUGAAAUGGUGGGACCUGGAUACCCAGCAUUGCUUCAAAACUCUAGCUGGACACCGUACUGAGGUUUGGGGGAUGGCUUUGCUAUCUGAAGAGAAACGUCUGAUCACUGGGACUGCUGACAGUGAACUGAGAGUUUGGGAUAUCACUUACAUCCAGGAGCUAGAAGACCCUGAUGAGCCAGAAUCCAAGAAAAGCAAAGGAUCUUCACCAGGAGCAGGAAAAGACAGUGAAGAGGAUGAGACACUAGAGCUGGAUGAGAGUCCUGAGGAGCGUCUCCUAAAGUGCAGUAAAGCUGGAUCCAUCAUGCGGGAAGGGAGAGAUCGAGUAGUUACUCUUGCCAUGGACCGAAUGGGCAAGAUUUUGGCCUGCCAUGGGACUGAUGCUGUUCUAGAAAUAUUCUCUGUGCUUUCUGAAGAGGAAAUAAAGAAAAAAUUGGAAAAGAAAAUGAAGAAAGCAAAGAAAAAAGCCAAGCAGAAGUCUGAAGAAGAUGAGCAUAAAGGAAAUGUGGAGCUGAGCCUGCAGGAGGAGAUCCAGCGGGUCACUAACAUCAGAGCUUCUGCUAAAAUCAAGUCAUUUGACAUGAUUCUCUCUCCAAAAGAAGAGUUGAAGAUUGUGUUGCUGCUCCAGAACAACAUCAUUGAGUUACACAGCCUGAACCUGUCAGCACAGGUCCCGCAGGCUGUCCGUGCAUCCAGGAUAACCAUUGGAGGCCACCGCAGCGAUGUCAGGACAUUAGCUUUUAGCUCUGAUAACAUUGCUGUUCUUUCAGGAGCUGCAGAGUCUGUAAAGAUUUGGAACAGAUCAACUUUGCAGUGUAUCCGAACGAUGGACUGUGAGUACGCGCUAUGCUCGCUCUUUGUCCCGGGAGAUCGGCAGGUCAUCGUUGGCACCAAGACAGGGAAGCUGCAGCUGUAUGACCUGGCUUCUGGGAGUCUGAUGGAGACACUUAAUGCCCAUGAUGGGGCUGUGUGGUCCAUUGCUCUUUCGCCAGACCAGCGUGGUUUUGUGACAGGAGGUGCUGAUAAAUGUGUCAAAUUCUGGGAUUUUGAGCUUGUGAAGGAUGAGAGCAGCAUUCAGAAAAGGCUGUCCAUGAAACAAAUGCGCAUCUUGCAGCUGGAUGAAGAUGUUCUGUGUGUGCGGUACAGCCCCAACCAGAAACUGUUAGCUGUCUCUUUACUGGAUUGCACUGUGAAAGUUUUCUACGCUGACACGCUCAAGUUUUUCCUGUCUCUGUAUGGACACAAGCUGCCAGUACUGUGCAUGGACAUCUCCUAUGAUGGGACUCUGAUUGCAACUGGGUCUGCCGACAGGAAUGUGAAGAUUUGGGGCAUGGAUUUUGGGGACUGUCACCGCUCUCUCUUUGCCCAUGAUGACAGUGUGAUGUAUCUCCAGUUUGUGGCCAAAUCCCAUCUUUUCUUCACUGCUGGGAAGGAUAACAAGAUUAAGCAGUGGGAUGCGGAUAAAUUUGAGCACAUCCAGACACUGGAGGGGCAUCACCAGGAGGUGUGGUGCUUGGCACUCAGUCCCAAUGGAGACUAUGUAGUGUCAGCAUCCCACGACAAGUCUCUGCGCCUCUGGGAGAGGACAAGGGAGCCACUUAUCUUGGAAGAGGAGAGGGAGAUGCAACGAGAAGCUGAAUAUGAAGAAAGUGUGGCAAAGGAAGAGCAACCUGUGGUGGCUGGAGAGACACAAGAAGAGACGGGACUGGCAGGGAAGAAGACUAUUGAAACCAUCAAAGCGGCUGAGCGGAUCAUGGAAGCUAUUGAGUUGUAUAGAGAAGAGAUGGCAAAACUGAAGGAGCACAAGGCCAUAUGUAAAGCUGCUGGAAAAGAGGUUCCCUUUCCUGCCAAUCCCAUUCUCCGUGCCUAUGGAAAUAUUACACCUUCUGAGUACGUGCUAGAAGUUUUCAAGAAGGUCAAGUCAAGUGAGCUGGAAGAGUCUCUCCUGGUGCUGCCCUUCUCCUAUGUCCCUGACCUCCUCAGACUCUUCAAUGAACAUAUUCACUUGGGUGCAGAAGUCGAACUCCUGUGCCGUGCUCUCCUCUUCUUGCUCAAGAUACAUUUUGGGCAGAUAACAAGCAACCAGAUGCUGGUGACAGUGAUAGAAAAUUUGAAGAAAACCACCAUCUCCAGAGUCAGUGAGGCCCGGGACGUGCUGGGAUUCAACAUGGCAGGGCUCCAGUACCUCAAGAGAGAGAUUGAGGCCAAGGAUGAGGUCAUGUUUUUUGCUGAUGCUACAGACCGUUUUGAGGAGAAGAAGAGGAAGAGGAAGAAGAAAGAGAAAAUGAUUCUUGCAGUGGUUUAGCAUUUGCUGCCCGGAACAACUGGAUGGCAUCAAGUAACCUCAGUGCUGGCCAUGGACCUAUUAUUGUGGCUGAACAUCUCUGUGAUAUUUGGUGACUGAAACAAAGCCUGUCCCUUCUCCUUGUGGGAUAGCCAGUCUUGCCUGGCUGGAGACAUUUCCAGCACAGGUUGAUCAUCUCUGCCUAGUGAGAUGAGAUGUCUGUGCUCUGCUCUGUAUGUAUGCAUUGCACCUGUUUCUGAAGUGGCUGUCAAAGGUCAAUGCCUUUCCUCUACCAAAAUGCCUGACAGAACUGGAGUUGGUUUCUUCUCCAGAAGAGAUCAGCCUGCUGGCAGCGUGCUAACUGAAUGGAGUGAAUCAGCACAUGGGCUGCUGGUCAGACUUUGCCCUGUCCAUAGGAGGCAGCUGGCAACAUUCUGUGCUGCUUUGACACCUGCUGAUGGUUUGUGGAAGUGCUUAGAGGAUUUGGGCAAGGCUUUGAGACUUCAGAAGUCAUCUCCAACCACUAACUUUUCAGUGGAAUGGAGGAAACACUGUGCUCUAUUAAAUAAUGUUUAUAUAUGCUUUAUCAAACAACUUUGUCCAUGGAAUUUUGUCCUGAUAUUUUUCUAGUAAAUCUUUGAUUGUCUCAUUCUGUUUUAUUGGUUCUUAAAGAAUUGUUUUUUUUUCCAGAAAGUAAAAUCUGUGGGAAAAAAAUGAAAGGGCUGCAGUGAAGGAUUGUGCUCUUCUGAACAACUGGCAGAUGAAGCAUGGAAAUUGUGGGCUUAUUUGUAUUGUAUCUGCUCCCAUAUAUUGGAAAUUGCACAGAAUUGUUGCAGGACAAGUUGCACUUGUCCUGUAUCAGAUAAAAGUGAUUUAAGUGGGCAGGCCUCUA